UUCUCCCUUUCUUUUUGACUUGCAAAUUUGGUUCAGUUCAAUGAAGAGCUCCCUGCGCCAAAACCUAACCCCCUAAGACUCCGCAGCUGCAGCGAUCAAUCAAUCAAUCGGAGGAACGUGAUCGGAGACGGCGAAGAUCGAUCGGAAGGACUGGAACUUCUGCGAUAAUUUUCCGGCGACUUAUGGUACCGAAGCAGCUGAUUGUGGCCGUUGAAGGCACGGCCGCCCUUGGCCCCUACUGGAAGACCAUCGUCUCCGACUACCUCGACAAAAUUAUCCGGUCAUUUUGCGGGAAUGAUUCCUCAGGCCAGAAGCCACCAGCUCCCCAAGUUGAGCUCUCUCUGGUCAUGUUCAAUGCUCAUGGUUCAUAUAGCGCUUGCCUCGUACAGCGGAGUGGUUGGACCAGAGAUAUGGAUAUCUUCUUUCAAUGGCUUUCAGCUAUACCAUUUUCAGGCGGCGGCUUCAAUGAUGCUGCAAUUGCCGAAGGGCUUGCUGAAGCUAUAAUGAUGUUCUCGACCCUGAAUGGGAGCCAAAAUCCAAAUGCUGAUGGACAAAGACAUUGUAUUCUCAUCGCUGCAAGCAACCCAUACCCAUUGCCAACUCCAGUGUAUCGACCGCAGCCCCCAAGUCUGGAGCAGAGCGACAGCGCUGAAGUACAGCCGGAUAAUCGCCUAUCUGAUGCUGAGACAUUAGCAAAAUGUUUUGCCCAGUGUGGCAUUUCUCUGUCUGUUAUUUGUCCAAAGAAGCUUCCAACAGUUCGAGCAAUUUACAAUGCGGCAAAGCGCAAUCCCCGAGCUGCAGAUCCACCUGUUGAUAAUGUUAAGAGUCCUCAUUUCCUUAUCCUUAUCUCGGAAAAUUUUAUGGAGGCUCGGGCUGCGUUAGGUAGGUCCCCCGGGCUGACUAAUAUGCCGACAAAUCAAAAUCCCAUCAAGAUGGAUGCAGCUACCGUGCCUCCCAUUUCUGGGCCGCCUCUAGUUUCCAUCCCUCCAGCAAAUGGAUCGAUUGUGGGUCGGCAACCAAUACCCGUUGGUAAAAACAUUACUCCUGCGCCUGUGAAAGUGGAGCCCACAACUGUGUCAUCUGCAUCUGGGGCUGCAUUUCCGCAUAUUUCAUCGGUUCCCCGACCCACUUCUCAAGCUGUUUCAAGCUUGCAGACCUCUUCUCCGAUAUCGGUGCCUCAGGAAAUAGUUACAAACAACGAAAACGUACAAGAUAUGAAGCCACUGAUGAGUAGCCUGACUUCCUCUCUACGCCCGAUUGGCGGCGGAGCUCCAGCAAAUGUGAGAAUUUUGAAUGAUGUGGCGCAAGCACGUCAAGUCCUAGCCGGAGGGAAUUCUAUUGGACUUUCAUCUAUGGGCGGACCCCCAAUGCUCUCGAAUAUGAUAUCGAGUGGAGUGGCGACUUCUGUCGCUCCUCAAACUGUAAUUUCAUCAGUUUCAUCUGGCGUCACAUCGAUUUCCGGAUCGUUGCCAAUCCCAGCAACCGGACAGCUUGUCCAAAACCCAGGUUCCGUGCCAUUUACUUCAUCUGCAUCAGUUGUACCCGGGAAUCCCAGCCUCGGCAUGUCACAGCCUUUGAGUAAUCUUCAAGUGACCGCGAGUAUGAGUCAAACUCUUCCCGGUAUCAGCCAAGGAAAUAUUCCGACUCAAAUGAUGCAGACAGGAAUAAGCAUGAAUCAGAACAUGACGACUUCGUCAGGUUCGACUGUUAUGCCAUCCGGAACCGGCGCCAUGAUGCCUACUCCGGGAGGGACUCAGCAAAUGCAACCGGGAAUGCAGCCUGUCGGAGUGAACAAUAAUAAUAAUGUGACGAAUAUGCCGCUGAAUCAACAAGGGCCGAGUGGAAUACAGCCGCCGCCCCAAUCAAAAUAUGUUAAAGUAUGGGAGGGAAACUUAUCCGGACAGCGUCAAGGCCAGCCAGUUUUCAUCACCAGACUCGAGGGAUACAGGAGUGCCUCGGCUUCUGAGACGCUUGCUUUUAAUUGGCCGCCAACGAUGCAAAUCGUUCGACUAAUAUCCCAGGAUCACAUGAACAACAAGCAAUAUGUCGGUAAGGCAGAUUUUCUAGUUUUCCGGGCGAUGGAUCAGCACGGUUUCCUCGGGCAGCUGCAAGAAAAGAAACUCUGCGCCGUAAUACAGUUACCUUCCCAGACACUGCUGCUCUCAGUCUCCGACAAAGCUUACCGCCUCAUCGGCAUGCUUUUUCCCGGCGACAUGGUCGUGUUCAAGCCGCAAAUGCCAAACCAGCAACAGCUGCAACAGCUACAGCAGCCGGGAGCACAGCAACAGCAAAUCCAACAAUUGCAACAACAACAACAGCAACAGACGCCGGAUCAGCAGCAGCAGCAACCGCUGAUGCAGCAAAUCCCGCAAUUGCAGCAGCAGCCAUUGAUGCAGCAGCAGCCGUUGGUGGGCAACGGCAUGGCGCAAGCCUACAUGCAAGGCGGCGCAGGCCCCCGGUCGCAGUUACUCGGCCAGGGACAGGUGUCGUCGCAGGGUCAACCGACCAUGCCUGGAGGUAAUUUCAUGAGCUGAAAACUCCUUUAGGAUUAUUUUGUGUUAAAUUAAAGCAUGGAACUAAGUUUGAGCUUUUAAGACAUAUUGAUUUGGACAAUACAUAUAUAUUUAUAUAUAUAUAUAUACACGGUUUCUUCUAAUGCUUAUACAACCUGUAAGAUAGUAAAAACACUUACCUACUCUGAUGAAGAUGAAAUACAUUACUGCCUGUUUUGGAGGAUCUGAUUCAUAUUUAGA